UGCCUCUCUGCUUCCGAUCGACCAUACAGGGCUCCAGAUUUCGCUAAUUCAUCAUAAGCUUCUGUCUCUGUUGAGUUUUUCGGUGGAGUUCUUGGAAGAAUUGUAAUUACACACAGUUUCAAUUGCCACAUGGAUCCGAACACGGUGAAGUCGACUCUGUCUAAUUUGGCAUUUGGAAAUGUUAUGGCAGCCGCUGCCCGUGAUUAUCAGAAGGAAUUGCUUGAGCAAAAUAAGGCGCAGACUUCAAGUUCUGUAAACCAGGAAGUUGAUCUUGAUGAGUUAAUGGAUGACCCAGAGUUGGAAAAAUUGCAUGCAGAUAGAAUCGCAGCUCUUAAGAAAGAAGCAGAGAAACGAGAGGCAUGGAAGAAGAAAGGUCAUGGGGAAUACAGGGAGAUAACUGAGGGGGAUUUCUUAGGUGAAGUCACUAGCAGUGAAAGAGUUAUAUGUCACUUCUAUCAUAACGAGUUUUAUCGAUGCAAGAUAAUGGAUAAGCAUUUAAAAUCCCUUGCACCAGAUCAUGUUGAUACGAAGUUCAUUAAGCUUGAUGCAGAGAAUGCGCCCUUCUUUGUUGCAAAACUGGCAGUCAAGACUUUGCCAUGCGUCAUACUGUUCAGGCAAGGGAUUGCAGUAGAUAGAUUAAUAGGGUUUCAAGAUCUGGGAGGGAAAGAUGAUUUUACCACCAAAACGCUAGAGGGUCUGCUGAUAAAGAAAGGUAUUAUUAACGAGAAAAGAGACGAGGAUGACGAAAAUGACGAAUCUCAUGAAAAUUCAAGUAGAAGAGUCAGAUCUUCCGUUGUCGCUGGUUCUGAUUCUGAUUAAUAUUGGUUUGCUGCCAUACUUGCGAAAAAAAGUAGAGAAGCAAAACGUGAAUCCACAGUUCACCUUGCUGAUGGAUUACUUGUGCCUGGUUGUAUGACUACUGUUACAUAAUAUUUGUUUUUAUGUUUUGUUUUUGGGUGAUAGCAGUAUGCUAGGAACUCAUGAUAUAUUUGGUCUUGGCCGUUUGUGAAUGACUUCUAAUUAUUGGUUACGCCGGUGUUUGAUUUUCUUGUUAAACCAUUGCAGUUUAGCGUCAGACUCUCCCUGGAAUUAUAUCAGAGUUUUAAAGGUA